AUGAACAUUCCGCACGCGGAUCGGCAUCGUUGGCACCUCCAGAACCAAUGCACUACCAGGUCCGCAACCCCAGUCGCUGUCUUCCCAAUUGCAAGUGCUCCAACUCUCCCGGCGUCCAUAACGACCGGUGAUCACAAUCCCGGUGUCGCGCCGCUUUCGAUCACCGCCAUCUCCAUCAUCCCUGCCACAACUUCCGUGGUGAUGACCACCACCUUCUCCAGCUACACCAGUCAGAACACCUCUGAAGCCCUGCAAACCACCACCUUCAUUAUCACCACCCCACCUCCAGCGAUGUGGACUUGGCCUCAACCUGCCCUCACUGCGAUAGCACAUUAA